CCAGGACAGCAAGGCGGUGCUGAACUUGCGGACGGCUUGGCCUGACUGGGGCGGCGUUACAAGUGGAGCUGUCGGAAAUUACGGGGUCGCAGUUCCUAGAGUACCGAGGGGGGGAAGAUCGGAGACUAGGUUUCGGGCCUGUUCACAGAGGCAAGGCUGGAGACAAGAGACCAGAAGUUGCCGGCGGGACGAAAAAGGAGGAACGGACGAGGUUGUUUUGGAAGUGUCUGAUCUUUCUCUGAGGGAGAGGCGAUGGGAGCCGUCCUAGGGGCCUGCUCUGUAGCGAGCUGGAUUCCAUGCCUGUGCAGUAGUGCCUCUUGCCUGCUGUGCAGGUGCUGCCCGAACAGUAAGAACUCCACAGUGACGCGCCUGAUCUAUGCUUUCAUCCUGCUGCUGGGGACGAUCGUGGCCUGCAUCAUGCUGGCUCCAGGUAUCGAGCAGCAGCUCAAAAAGAUACCGGGCUUCUGCGAAGGAGGAGCAGGGACGUCGGUCCCAGGUAUCCACGGCUCUGUGAACUGCGACGUGAUUGUGGGGUACAAAGCCGUCUACAGAAUAUGCUUCGGGAUGAGCGUCUGCUUCCUGGCCUUUGCUCUGCUCAUGAUCAACGUGAAAAACAGCCGCGACCCAAGAGCCGCCGUGCACAACGGGUUUUGGUUUUUUAAGGUCGCUGCCAUCAUAGCUGUAACGGUUGGUGCCUUUUACAUUCCAGAGGGGCCAUUUACUCGAACCUGGUUUGUCGUCGGCACCUCUGGAGCUUUCUGCUUCAUUCUGAUCCAGCUGGUGCUGCUGGUGGACUUCGCUCACUCUUGGAAUGAGUCCUGGGUGGAGAAGAUGGAGGAAGGCAACUCGCGGUGCUGGUAUGCUGCCCUGCUGUCAGUCACUGGCUUGAACUACGUCUUGUCCCUGAUUGCUGUUGUUCUGUUCUACGUCUUCUACACUCACCCCGAGGACUGUGCGCUGAACAAGUUCUUCAUCAGCUUCAACAUGCUUCUCUGCAUUGGGGCCUCUGUUGUGUCUGUCCUGCCCAAAGUACAGGAAGCCCAGCCUCAGUCCGGCCUGCUGCAGUCCUCCAUCAUAACCCUCUACAUGAUGUACCUCACCUGGUCAGCCAUGACAAACGAGCCAGAUCGCAAAUGCAACCCUAGCAUUUUAGAGAAGAUCACAGCCUCGACGUUGGCUCCCCUGAAUCAGACCCAGGUGAUCCCUACCGAGGUUGUGGUCGAACCUAACCCCUCCCUGCAGAGGUGGGACACGCAGAGCAUUGUGGGAUUGGCCAUCUUCAUCCUUUGCAUCCUGUACUCCAGGUUGGUAUCUGCACACAUGCUGGAGGACAACGAGAAGGACUCGGUCCAGUACAGCUACUCCUUCUUCCAUUUCAUGCUCUUCCUGGCCUCCCUGUACAUCAUGAUGACGCUCACCAACUGGUACAGCCCGAAUGCGGACUACACCACAAUGAGCAGCACAUGGCCAUCGGUCUGGGUCAAGAUCACAUCCAGCUGGAUCUGCCUGCUUCUGUACGUGUGGACCCUGAUCGCACCCAUUGUGCUCACAAACCGAGAUUUCAACUGAAGGAGGAACAUCUUCCCCAGUUCAUCCCCUCCUGUAAAAAGCCAAAACUCUCAUUGCUUUUUGUUGUUGUUUUGUUCCAGUUAGAACAAAUUAUUAUUGCAUUAUUGGGUAUUUUUGACAGUUUUUUUUACUUUGGACAAAUUGUCAUGUAUAUCAACAUGAGAUCAAUGUUACUGGAUUAGUCUGAACAUAGUGGUACCUAACUCUUGGGGUCCUUGGGUUGUGUACACUUCACAUGAAGUAUUGAGAAAACGUUCAAGUUAGGUUUGUCUGAAGAGGAAUGAUUGUCAGCAUUAAGUUGAUUCAAGUACACUAGCUAUUUUACUUUUCUAGUCAUGAUCUCGGAAUGUAUUUGUUAGUAAAGCUUUUUUUGCAAUUUUACUGUUAAUAUAUUUUAAGUCCUGUCUGACUGGUUUGGUGGAAAUUGCAAACGUCAGCUUGUGUACUACAAUAACUUAACUCUCAGGCUGCAGAAGCACUUCUCUUACCUUGGACAAAAUCUAAUUUAAAAGGCACAGAUUUAAAUAAGAGAUUGUAAUCCAAUAUAACACACUAUGAUUUUCCUGAGAUCAACUUAAUGCCUUAUGUUUCAUUAAUGAUGCACUUUAUAAAUGUAUUUCUUUCUUUAAAAAGUUUUGAAGUUUAUCUAUGUUGAAAACUAUUUCAGGUAAUAUUGAAAAGCUAUGAUUAAUGGAGAUACUAGAUGCUUUUGCCAAAUAUUUGUAGAAGUAUUUUUUACCUGUUUGUCUGAAUUGCAGCUAAAGGAUUGCAGACAAAGAAAAUGAAAUCUUUCUCUAAGAUAGUUGUAUGCUUGAGUAAAACAACUUGUAUGCACUUCCUUGCUUUGCACUAUGAAAAAAUAAAUUUUUGUGAUUAGA